AUGACAGCCACCUUUGAUAUACGAUCAAAUUAUGUUCAAAUUAUUAAUGGUCAAAGCUCGCCAACAGAGGCGACUCGCCAUGGGUUGAACCCGGCUACGUUGGAGGCUCUACCAAAUGUUCCAGUUGCAACACCGGAGGAUCUUGACAAGGCCGCUGAUGCCGCAAAAGCUGCUUUUAAGAUCUGGUCUGCGACGCCAUUUGAGGAUCGGAAAAAGGCAGUAUUAGCCUAUGCCGAUGCUAUCGAAGCAUACCGGGAUGAGUUCCGCGAUCUUCUGAUUACAGAGCAAGGAAAACCGAUCUUCCAGGCAACCCUCGAGACUGAUAAUGCUAUCAUAUGGAUGAGAGGCAUGGCUAGCCUUCCGAAUCUCGAGGACGUGAUUGAGGAUGAUGAGACCAGGACUGUGGUCACCAGAUAUGUCCCUCUCGGUGUUGUCGGGGCUAUUAUCCCUUGGAACUUUCCCUUGAUGCUCGCCACUGGGAAGAUUGCACCCGCUCUGUUGACCGGCAACGUCAUUAUCGUGAAGCCCUCGCCCUUUACCCCUUACGGCGGCUUGAAACUGGUUGAGUUGGCCCAGAAAUUCUUCCCCCCCGGCCACCCUGCCAUUGAUAAGAUCAGCUUUACUGGCUCGACGGCUACUGGAAAAAGGGUACUGCAGAGUGCUAGUCGCACAUUGAAACGCGUGACCCUUGAGCUAGGUGGUAACGACCCUGCCAUCGUAUUCCCAGACGUUGACAUCGAAAAGGUGGCUGAAAAGGUCGCAUUCUUCGCAUUUCUGAACUCUGGUCAAAUAUGCCUCAAUCUGAAGCGGAUCUACGUCCACAGCUCUAUCUUCGAUGAGUUCCGCGAUGCCUUGGUUCGCCAGGUAAAUGGCUACACUGUUGGCGACGGGUCCAAAGCCGGAGUCAGCCACGGCCCUCUCCAGAACGACAUGCAAUACUCGCGCGUCAAAACAUUCUUCGAUGACAUCGAGAAGCAGGGCUGGAAGGUUGCCACAGGUGGUCGGAUUAUGCCCUCAACGGGGUACAUGGUGACUCCGACCAUCAUCGACCGGCCGCCUGAUAAUUCACGGAUCGUCGUCGAGGAGCCGUUUGGUCCGAUUGUACCGCUUAUGUCGUGGGAUGAAGAGGCUGAAGUAAUCGAACGGGCUAAUGACACCUCGAUGGGACUCGGCGCUUCAAUUUGGACAGCUGAUUUGGAGCGUGCUGCGCGAGUUGCACGUCAAAUCCAAGCUGGUACUGUGUGGACUAAUGAUCAUUUCAGUCUGAGUCCCACUGCUCCUUUUGGUGGUCAUAAGGAAAGCGGUGUUGGGACUGAGUGGGGUCUUAAUGGUUUGAAGGGCUUUUGCAAUGUCCAAACUCUAUUUUUGAAGAAGAGUGUUUGA